AUGGAGAGAAACAAGCUUCAUUUUUUUGCUAUUUCACUUGCAGUUCUAGCUCAAGCUUUUACUGCAAGCACUUGUCCGACAUCUAUCUCUGAAGACCUUCGUCAAAAUUGCCAUCCAGAACCCGGUGCCACUGAAGAAGCCUGCCUCAGUCGUGGGUGCCAAUGGUGUGAAACAAGUAGCCCAAAAGUCCCAGCUUGCUUCUACGAAGGGGGUCAGUUCGGUUACUCUCUGGCUGGAGAGCCAGAAAAGACAGCUACAGGAUGGAGGGUCCUUUUGUCAAGGCGUGGAACACCGUUAAACUCUGGGAAUUAUAUUUCUCAGAUAGCAUUGCUCGUGGAGUUCCAGACAAAAGACAGACUCAGGUUUAAGAUCGAUGAUCCUGACAACCAACGAUUUGAAGUACCUCUCAACAUUGAAUCCCCUCCUCGUGCUGCUGCCGACACCAGCUACGACAUUGAAUUUGUGAAUGAUUCAUCUCUCCGUUUUAAAAUCAUUAGAAAAGCCACAGGAACAGUGCUGUGGGACACCUCUCUUGCAAACCUGAUUUUUGAUGACCAGUAUCUUCACAUUGCAACUAAGGUCCCAUCCAAGUCUGUAUAUGGGUUUGGUGAACAUCAACAUCCAUCCUUUAAGCACAAUAUGAAUCAUAUUACCUAUGGGAUGUAUGCUAGGGACCAGUCUCCAAAGAUGUAUGCAAAUCUGUAUGGAGUCCAUCCUUUCUACAUGUGCAUAGAGAAUGAUGCAAAUGCUCAUGGGGUCCUUUUCCUAAAUGCCAAUGCACAAGAUGUCACUUUAGGUCCAGAGCCAUCUUUGACAUUCCGCACCACUGGAGGAGUCCUUGAUUUCUAUGUUUUCCUUGGCCCAACCCCUGAAAAUGUAGUCCAGCAAUACACAGAGGCCAUCGGGCGUCCGCAUCUACCUCCUUACUGGUCUCUGGGGUACCAGCUCUCACGGUGGGGAUAUUCUGACAUUGCUACAGUAAAAGAAACUGUCAGGCGCAUGGAGCAGUAUGGCAUUCCUCAAGAUGUCCAGUAUGCAGACAUUGACUACAUGGACCAGCAACGAGACUUCACUUAUGACAAAGAAAAAUAUGCAGGUCUGCCAGAGUUCAUUCAAGAGAUGAAGAAUGAAGGAUUGCAUUAUGUUGUUAUUCUGGAUCCUUUCCUAACCAAAGAUGAACCUCGAGGGAUAUACAGACCCUAUGAACUUGGACAACAGUUAGGAGUCUGGGUGAAAAAUGCUGAUGGAACUCCAGCUGUUGGGAAAGCCUUGCCUCCUGGUAAUUCAGUGUAUCCUGACUACUUUAACCCAAAAACAGCAGAAUGGUGGACCAAUAUGUGUGUUGAAUUCCAGAAAGUUCUGCCUUAUGAUGGAAUUUGGCUUGAUAUGAAUGAACCAUCUAAUUUUCUAAAUGGCCAGGUCCCAGGCUGUGCUCACAACAAUCUCAACAACCCUCCUUUCAUUCCUAGAAUUUCUGAUCAUUCACUGUCUCAGAACACAUUAUGUCCAGAUUCCCAAACGCAUCUUGGAAAACUGUAUGACACACAUUCCCUCUUUGGCUGGGCAGAAGCGGCACCAACUUUCCGUGCUAUCCAGGAAGCUACGGAUAAGAGACCGUUUGUGCUGAGUCGUUCUACAUUUGUUGGAAACGGGAAAUAUACAGCACAUUGGCUUGGCGACAACCAUGCUCUGUGGGAAGAUAUGCAUUUGUCAAUAAUUGGAAUACUGGAGUUCAAUCUCUUCGGAAUCCCACAAGUAGGUGCAGAUAUCUGUGGCUUUUACUUUGAUACCAACUUUGAACUGUGCUUACGCUGGACACAGCUUGGUGCCUUCUAUCCACUGGCGAGAAACCACAAUGCACUUGGCCAACAGGCACAAGACCCAGGUUCAUUUGGAAUUGAAUUUGCUACAAUUGCUCGAUCGACUCUGCAGAUUCGAUACUCUCUCCUGCCAUAUUUAUAUACUUUAUUCCAUGAAGCCCAUGUCUCUGGAAAUACAGUGGCCCGAGGAUUAAUGCAUGAGUUUACAGCUGACCAGGAGACUCAUGGCAUAGACACUGCUUUCCUUUGGGGACCCGCUCUUAUGAUCACUCCAGUUCUUCAGCAGGCAACAAGAUCGGUGGAUGUUUAUUUUCCAGCAGCACCCUGGUUUGAUUAUUACACGGGUGAUAAAAUACCAACCUCCUGGCUCAAUACACAUGUCAGCAUUCCUGCCCCACUGGAAAAGAUCCCACUGUUUAUCCGAGGAGGAUACAUCUUGCCAACACAAGCACCAGCCAUGAGAACUGCGACAAGCCGCCUAAAUCCAUUUGGCCUCAUUGUUGCUCUGAAUGAACAAGGGGAAGCCUCAGGCUCUGUCUUCUGGGACGAUGGUGAAUCCAUUGACACUACAGAGAAUGGAAUGUAUUUCCUGGCCAAAUACACAUACGCAGAAGGUCACCUGACCACCCGUAUUGUUCACAACAACUACCGGGGGGUGGAUUCUCUGACAUACGACACAAUUCAUAUCCUUGGCGUCACUUCAAGACCUAAUGCUGUUGUUCUGAAUGGAAAAGGCAUCCGCAGCAAUGACAUACAUUAUGGGGGAAAUGGGGUAAGAGUUGUGUUUAUGAAUUGA